AUGAUGAGGACGGGAAAAUGGUUGAUUAUUUUUCUAUUUUUUUCGUGUGAUUUAUUGAUACAACAAAGUUAUGGAUUACGAAGAAUUGUUAAGCGAUCAUCUGGUUCAGGAUCUAACUCUGCGUCGGGAUCGGGCUCGGCUUCAGGUUCAUACGAAUAUCACUAUCCGACCAAUUCAAAAUCUGAUUCAAGAUCCAGUUCUUCUGAGUAAGUUGAUAAAUAUUUUGGAGCAUAAUGUAGAAAACCUAUAGGGAAACUCUGAAUGUACCAACACCCCCAACUUUGGGAACAACACUUGAAGAAUACGGACCCAUCUAUCAAAGUUAGUAAUAAAAGUUAUUGAUUAAAAUAACUUGAGUAUGUUUCAGUUAGUGGUCAAACGACUACUCCAACAACAACAACAACAACAACAGUCCAGCCAACGCAACCCGCGCAACCAACAUAA